AUGAGCUCCGGUGGUGCGGUAUCAGCGGCCCAGCAGGGCCGCGGGAACAGGAUUGCUGACGCAGCAUCGCAGGAGUACGAAGUUAUCUUGCCUACGCUGCCUACUGGCCCGUCUGUCCAAAAUACGCUUUUUUUACACGCCGACGUGCGCGCCCGGCCCUACCGUCUGGAGCACUUCCGUGGCGCCCCGUCCCUCGCGGCACUUCUUCCCGAGGUGCUCGCCUUAGGGGCAUACCAGUAUAACCACGUCUGGGCCGUGACCUUCAAGAGCGCCGAGGGGAAGAGGAAGUUGCAGGCAGCUGAGGGCUUCAAAGUCAAGGACGGCCGUUGCGUUGUGGUAGACCCCAGCAACCAGGAGACCCGGCUCAAGCUCCACCGGCUGCUGCAUCACGUCCAAGACGACGAGGUGCGUGCGGCCUUGGCGCCCUACGGGAAGGUCACAGGGGUCACCAGGGAUAAGUGGCGCGUCCUGGGCUGCACCGACAUGGGCUCGACGACGCGUUCGGUCUCCAUUAAGCUCGGACCCGGCGUCACAGUGGAGGACCUCCCUCACCAGCUGCGCAUCGCCGGCGAAUUGGUGCUAGCGGUGGUUCCCGGCAGGGCGCCGCUGUGCCUCCGGUGUAAGGGCAAAGGCCACAUCCGAAGAGAGUGCAGAGUGCCACGCUGCACGCUCUGCAAGCGGUUCGGCCAUGGAGAGAGUCAGUGUGUCCGGACGUAUGCCAGUGUCGCAGGGCCCGUGGGGGGCGACGAUACCUCGGAGCACCUCAUGGACGUGGUCGACGCCGAGGAAGCCGCGAGCGGGGAAGAAAACCAGCCGCCAACUGAGGCAACAAUCCCCAAGCCAUUGGAGGCCUGCGACGGCGGUCACGGCGAAGGUGUCAAGGCCACGUUGCCUGAGGAGCCGCCAACUCGUGGCGAGCCGGACUCUAAGAACGUCGACGAGGCAGUGUCUUUUGAGACGCUGACUGCUGGAGGGGCGACCACCAAGGCUGCGGAAAUAGCAGGUACCACCCCUCUAGUGCCCAAGCGAGUCCGACAACCGAGCGACGACGACGGCCAGGACUCAGGAGCUGUCCCUCCAGACGAGCCGCCCCCAAAGACGACUCUGUCGCGCAGGGGUGGCGUAAGACCCAAGCCCAACAUUCCGCCAGACCGGAGGUCGCCGGCGACGCCGUCAUCGCAGUAUUGA